CCCGCCCCCAGUGCCGGCCAUGGCUCCGCGCGGCGGGGGCUCGGCGCUGUCGCCGCCGCUGUCGCCGCUCCUGGCGCUGUCGCUGCUGCUGCCGCUGGCCCUGCCGCUGGCCCUCUCGCUGCCCCUCUCGCUGCCCCUGUCGCUGCCCCUGUCGCCCUCACCCCCUGCCGCUGCCCGGGAGCGGCUGCUGGAGGCGGCCGUGGGCUGGGGCUGGCGGAACCUGUCCUGCCCUGUCUGCAAGGUCCUGUUCGCUGCGCUGGAUGUGGCGCUGCAGAUGGAGCCCAACGUGGCGCGGGUGGGGCGCGUGGCCUCGCGUCUGUGCCAGGACCUGCGGCUGGCACGGCCCCCGGUGUGCCAGCAGGCGGUGGAGCUGUUCCAGCACGACCUGGUGACGGCCUGGGCGCGCUCGGUGCUGCGGCCGGGCGAGGCCUGCGGGCUGCUGCUGGGGCAGCGCUGCGGGCACUGGGACAUCCUGGCGGACUGGAACCUCACCAUGCCCGACACCCCCAAGCCCCCCGUGAGACCCCCGGCGCCGCCCCCGCCCGGCGCCCCCGUGGACCACAUCCUCUUCCUCACCGACCUGCACUGGGACCGCUGGUACCGGCCGGGCAGCGCCGUGGCCUGCCCGGAUCCCCUGUGCUGCCGCGGGGCGCCGCUGGGCACCCCCGGUGGGGCUGGCUUCUGGGGGUCCUACGGCAAGUGCGACCUCCCCCUGCACACCAUCGAUGCCCUGCUGGACGGUGCCCGCGGGGCGGGGCGGUUCUCGGCCGUGUACUGGACCGGGGACAUCCCUGCCCACGACGUGUGGCGCCAGAGCCGCUCCGACCAGCUGGGGGCGCUGCGGACCGUGACGCAGCUGCUGCGCAGGCACCUGGGCGCCGUGCCCGUGUACCCGGCCGUGGGCAACCACGAAGCCACCCCCGUGAACGCCUUCCCCCCGCCCUCCGUCACCGGCAACCAAUCUGCACAGUGGCUCUACCAGGCCAUGGCCGAGCAGUGGCAGCAGUGGCUGCCCCCCGACGCCCUCCGCACCCUGCGGACCGCCGGGUUCUACACGGUGCAGGUCAGCCCCGGGCUGCGGCUGGUCUCCCUCAAUAUGAACUACUGCUCCCAGGCCAACUUCUGGCUGCUGCUCAACGCCACCGACCCCGCGGGGCAGCUCCAGUGGCUGCUGGGGGUGCUGCAGGCGGCCGAGGACCAGGGAGAGAAGGUGCACAUCAUUGGGCACAUCCCCCCCGGGCACUGCCUGCGGGCAUGGAGCUGGAACUACUACAGCAUAGUCAACAGGUACGAGGGCACCAUCGCCGGGCAGUUCUUUGGGCACACUCACCUGGACGAGUUUGAGCUCUUCUAUGACCAGGAGACCCUGAGUCGCCCUCUGGGGGUGGCAUUCCUGGCACCCAGUGCCACCACCUACAUCAGCCUCAACCCCGGGUACCGAAUCUACUCGGUGGCAGGGCAGUACCCGGACAGCUCCCGGGCGGUCCUGGACCACUUCACCUUCAUCCUCAACCUGACCGAGAACGGCGGCGGCGGCGGCGGCGGCGGCGGCGGCGGCGGCGGCGGCGUCCCGGUCCCCGCCCCGCGCUGGCGGCUGCUGUACCGAGCCCGGGAGGCUCUGGGGCUGCCCGGGGCCGGUGCCGCCGACUGGGACCUGCUGCUGCGGCGGCUGCAGAGCGAGCGGCGACUCUUCGACCGCUUCUGGUUCCUGCGCCACAAGGGGCACCCCCCGCGGGCACCCUGCGGGGCGCCCUGCCAGGCUGCCACCCUCUGCGCCCUGCGCACCGCCCGCUCCGGCGACCCUCAGCUGUGCCAGCACCUGCCCGUGCCCCCGGGGGCCUGGCACGGCCAAAGCCUCUGCUGA